AUGGCAGCCUGCUCCUCUCAAGAGAAAUUCAAUGUCACUUCCUACGAUGCCAUGGCUUUUGCCAUCACCACGAUCCAGGCAUUUGCUGGCUUGUGGAUAAACGGCUUCAUUGUUUGUGUGCUGUGUGUUGCUCAGGUGAACAAGAAGAUCUUUAACUCUAAUGAGAAGAUCCUGCUGGUUCUGGGAUGCUGCAGGUUUGGGGAAUCAUGCUUCACAUGGGUGUACUCAUUUCUUACACUCAUCUGUGCCCAGUGCUUUUAUGUUCACCCCAUGCCCCAAACGUUUGCAGCUAUCCUCAGCUUUUUUCAUUCUUCCAAUAUGUGGGCUUCUGCCUCUCUUUGUGGCUUUUAUUGUGUCAAAAUUGCAAAUUUCCAGCACACCUUCUUCAUCUACCUGAAGAGAAAAACCGACAGGAUGGUGCCUUGGCUGUUGUUUGGUUCUCUGCUUGUAUCACUAAGCAUGGCAUUAGUUGGCUAUUAUAUUACUGACAGAAACUUUAAAAUCUCCAGUUCUACAGCCACAAAACAUUUAGGGAUACCAAGUUUCACAAGAGAUGGACUUAUCUUACUUUUGUUUUUAAUCAGUGGCUUUGUAUCAAGCACUGCAUUCAUAGCAGCCAUCUUCUCUGCCCUUCUCCUCCUCUCUUCACUCUGGAGGCACAAAUGCAGAAUGCAGGCCAACUCAAUGAGGAACCUCAACGUGAACGCCCACAUCAAAGCCAUCAAAUCUAUCCUGUUCUUCAUCUGCAUUUACAGCAUCAACUUCACUGGAUUUCUCUUGCUGCUAUUUUACUUUGGAAAGAAAGAACACCUGAGGAUGUUUUUCAUGUCACUAUUUCAGCAUGCUCUGCCAGUUGCUCAUUCCCUUGUCCUGAUUUUCAGCAACCCCAACCUGGAAAAGACACUGCUAAGGACUCUGACCUGUUUCAAGCUUCGACAGGGGUAG